CUCUCUCUCUCUCUCUCACAAGCUAGUCAUGACAACUUCUAGUGAAUCUUUUCACAAGGUGAACUUUGCCACCCCAAGAAGCUUUGCCACAGCAUUCAAAUCUGACCUAAAAGAGACUCUCUUCCCUGACGAUCCAUUCCAGGAGUUCAAGAAUGAGCCAUUCUCAAGAAAAACCAAGAAAGCGAUACAAUACUUCGUUCCAAUCUUCGAUUGGCUUCCCAAAUACAAUUUAAGUCUGUUCAAGUAUGAUCUUCUAGCAGGGAUCACCAUUGCUAGCCUUGCUAUACCUCAAGGAAUCAGCUAUGCCAAGCUCGCCAAUAUCCCUCCUAUCAUCGGCCUAUAUUCAAGCUUUGUUCCACCACUUGUUUAUGCCAUUUUUGGAAGCUCAAAGCACCUAGCAGUUGGAACUGUUGCAGCAUGUUCCUUGCUUAUUGGCUCAAUAAUUGGAGAAAAAGUAUCUCCAAUUGAUAAUCCCAAGUUAUAUCUUGACUUGGUCUUCACUGCUACCUUCAUCACAGGUCUGUUUCAAACGGCUUUGGGUUUCUUAAGACUUGGAAUAUUGGUGGAUUUUUUAUCACAUUCGACGAUCACUGGUUUCAUGGGUGGGACAGCGACGAUUAUCUGCCUCCAACAACUUAAGGGCAUGUUUGGAUUGAAACAUUUUACAACAAAAACUGACGUUGUUUCUGUUUUACGUACAAUUUUCAGUCAUAGAAAUGAGUGGAGAUGGGAGAGCGCGGUCGUGGGUUUAAUUUUCCUAGCUUUCCUCCAAUUCACUAGAUAUGUUAAGCAAAAGAGAGCAAGGCUGUUUUGGGUAUCGGCCAUAGCUCCAAUGCUGGUUGUCGCUACUGGCUGCCUUUUUGCUUAUUUUGCUCAUGCGGAGAAACAUGGCAUUCAAAUUGUGGGUGACUUGAAGAAAGGGAUAAAUCCAAUCUCCCUUACGAAUCUAAACUUUGAUUCUAAGUAUAUAUCAGCAGCUUUAAAAGCUGGGAUCAUCACUGCAAUGGUGGCUCUCGCUGAAGGAAUAGCAAUUGGGAGGAGUUUUGCAAUAAUGAAAAAUGAACAAAUUGAUGGAAAUAAGGAGAUGAUUGCUUUUGGUUUUAUGAACAUUGUUGGAUCUUUCACUUCAUGCUACUUGACUACUGGGCCAUUCUCAAAAACUGCGAUUAAUUUCAAUGCUGGGUGUAAGACAGCGAUGGCGAAUGUAGUUAUGGCAAUAUGCAUGAUGUUGACGCUCCUAUUCUUGGCUCCUUUGUUUAGUUACACCCCUCUUGUCGGACUUUCUGCCAUUAUCAUGUCAGCGAUGCUUGGUUUAAUCGAGUAUGAAAAAGCUUAUCACCUAUUCAAGACUGAUAAGUUUGAUUUUUGCAUUUGCAUGGUUGCAUUCUUUGGUGUUGCCUUCGUAAGCAUGGAUGUUGGCCUCAUGUUGUCGGUAGGACUUGCCAUACUUAGAGCACUUUUGUAUGUAGCUAGGCCUGCUACUUGCAAACUUGGUAGCAUAUCAAACUCAACACUAUAUCGUGAUGUAGAGCAGUAUCCUGAGGCAACAGGAGUCCCCGGGAUCCUUGUUCUACAACUUGGUUCCCCUUUAUACUUUUCAAACUGCACUUACAUUAGAGAAAGGAUUUUGAGAUGGGUUAGAGAUGAACAAGCUGCUACAAAUUCUAAAGGGAAUGAUAUUGAGCAUGUUUUGCUAGAUUUGGGAGGGGUUACAUCCAUCGACAUAACGGGUGUUGAAACCCUAAUUGAGGUGUUUAAAAGCAUGGAAGCAAGAGGGAUUAAGGUGGGUUUUGUAAACCCUAGGCUUGAGGUCUUGGAGAAGUUAACAGUAACAAAAUUCAUUGAAAUAAUUGGUAAAGAAGAUGUGUUCUUAUCGAUCAAAGAUGCAGUCGAGACAUGCACAUUUACACUUAGAAGUUCAAAGCAAUUUGAUGAUGCGUAAGGUUGUAGUUGUGCAAUUGAUGAUAGUGUAAGAAAAAUCCUAAGGACAUAAAAACUAUGGCAUAUGUAUAUAUCGUACUCAACUCCCCAUGAGUGUUAUGUGUCAUUCUGUAUCUCUAGCAAAACCGUGGCAUAAGUGUAGUUAAUGCACAAAGUUAUUGGAAUCAAUGUGUUUGGCUUGGCUCAAAGAAAAUAUUUCUAUAUAUACAAGCUUGCUACUCUGUACUAA